UCAAGCAGGGCAAAUCGCCGAACUCGGAUACGUCAGCUUAAUUAGUGCAAUUUUACUUUACUUUUGUUAGUCGCUGUAAAUUCACAUUAAAAUCUACACACUUGUUUACAAGGCUUGUUAUGAUUUUUGUUUUAAUGGCGUCUCCAGUCGCAUAACAGCAGCAAGGUAAAUGUAAGUUUAUAGAGCAUCGUUCAUUGGCACCAGCCAGGGAGUUGAAAAUUACCGCACUCUGUUUGGAGUAUGCUAAUUUCUGAUUGUCCUUCCGGUACAAAAUGGCGGCGACCUUGUGCGGCAAACUUUUGCUAAGACAAGGCUGGCAGCCUGUGACGCAGAGUGUCCGCCAUGGCUCCAAGGCGGUCACGCGUCACAGGAAACCCAUGCACUUCCUAAAGCAGAAGCUGAUGGCUGUCACCGAGUACGUUCCCCCCAAACCUCCAAAGGCUCCAAGGCGCCGUACCGACCUGAGCGUCAGACAGACCCAGGAAGACAGUGGGCUGGUGGUGCUCUGGAAGAAGCAGGUAAAGGCCACGUUCCAGGACUGUAAGAUGAUCGCUGUGGUUCAGAACAACUCCAGCACCACCGAAGACAUGAUACUUCUAAAGCACCGGCUCCACAGACAUGGCAUCACCAUCAAAUUCUUCCCCAACCAGGUAAUGAAGGCCUACCUGGCAGACUCCCAGUACAGUAACUUGGAGCCCCUGUUCAUUGGCCCAACAGUUCUGUUUGUCAGUAAGGAACCUAAGGUGAAGGAGAUGCUGCAGAGCCUGAGGAGUGCCCCCCAAAUGGUGCUGCUUGGUGCCUGCAUUGAAAACACACUGUUGAGCCAGCAGGGAGUGGUGAAUUACUCCAAACUGCCCUCUCUGCCCACAGUCCAGGGGCAGGUGGUAAGCAGACUGGCUCUGCAGACCUCCCAGACGGCUGCGAUGCUGCAGCGCCACCCCGCCCACCUGUCUGCGCUCCUGCAGCAAUAUGUGAAGCAGAAGGAGGAAGAAGGGACCCCUGUGGACAGUAGCUCAAAAGCAGAGAUGACCUCAGUAUAGCACCAGCAAACCCCCUACCCACCCUCUUUUGGACUGCUGUUGAGUGGCUUUCCUGGGGCCAGUGGAAAUGAACCAGGAGUUCUGUCUAUUUCUUUGAUGUUUGAACCUCACUCUGUGGGUCACUGGUUACUGCCUCUCAACAACUUGUACACCAUAAGGACUACUGUGUCAUUUACUGUGCAGGAAUAUUUGGUUUUCUGUUAAUAUUAUUCCCUGUUAACCAGUAAUAUUAUUCCUCUGAAUCAGACAGUCCUUAUUGUUGUUUUUGCCAGUCAAGUCAUAUUUAAGACCUGUCUUGUGCACAUUAAAAGGAACAGCUGAGAUUCCAUACUCAGUCCUCCCUCACUGAUGUUACCUCUGUCAUUAAAAUCCUUACCUAACCAUAUAGAAAUAUAUGAAAUACAGCAUGAUGCCAUAAUUAGCUUCCUGCACCUUAAAAGCAAUAAAUCGGGUGCUCCAUCAUGCUCAAGUCAUGUUUGAGGGUAUCAUGGGGCACAAUAUGCCACCUGGAUUCAGCGAUUGUUGUAUUCCAUGAACUUGAGAGAAAAUGCCAAUGGUCUGUUGCAUCAAUGCAUUCAGGACUGAAUUGCCACAAAGACAAAUGUAUCGCCACCUCAGGACCGUAACAACAUCCAUAUGGUGCCACCCACUGGUCAGUGAUGCUGCCCUAAAAGAAGGUUAUAAAGGACUAAACAAAACAAAAAAAAAAAAUCAAUUUUUACCAAGCCAGCUGGCUGCUUUCAAUUAUUCUGAUUGUCAUGGUGAAACCGUCAGGACUGUUGAUCUCUAGAACCAAGGGAAGGCAAAGUUACUCUACAUGGAAUACAUGCAAACACUUUUUGUGUGAAGUCAUCGGUUUCAUUGCUCACGAGAG